AUGGAAUCGAUCCCCAGCCAGCUCUCAGCGGGACGAGACUCCAACUCUUCCCCUGCGUUGAAGCAGGACGCGCAGAGCUUCUCCAGCAGCAACUCCCUCAAACCCAACCAAGUCAGCGAGACCUCGCUCUACGGGGUCCCCAUCGUGUCCUUAGUCAUAGAUGGACAGGAGAGACUUUGCCUGGCGCAGAUAUCAAACACGCUGCUGAAGAACUACAGCUACAACGAGAUCCACAACCGUCGAGUCGCGCUGGGCAUCACCUGUGUCCAGUGCACGCCGGUCCAGCUGGAGAUCCUGAGGCGUGCGGGCGCGAUGCCGAUCUCCUCCAGGCGCUGCGGUAUGAUUACCAAGCGUGAAGCCGAGCGGCUGUGCAAGUCCUUUCUGGGUGCACACAACCCACCCAAACUACCGGAGAAUUUCGCGUUCGACGUCUCUCAUGAAUGCGCCUGGGGCAGCAGGGGCAGUUUUAUACCCGCUAGAUAUAACAGUUCAAGGGCUAAAUGUAUUAAAUGCACCUUUUGCAACAUGUAUUUUUCCCCAAAUAAAUUUAUAUUCCAUUCCCAUCGCACGCCCGAGUCCAAGUACACCCAACCAGAUGCAGCCAACUUUAAUUCAUGGAGACGACACCUCAAACUGACCGACAAAAACUCCUCUGACGACAUUAAUCACGCGUGGGAAGAUGUUAAAGCCAUGUUUAAUGGUGGGAGCCGAAAGAGGACAUUACCUAUGAACGGCUCGGACAUGUCCUCUCCCAUGAAAUCACAGAACUCGUCUAAUCACACACAAAGAGGUUCCCCCGAGGUCGGCCACAAAAGCUUGAGGUGUGACGAGGACAGAGGGACCAGCCUGAGCCUGUCGACCGCCCCACGGAACUAUCCAAUCAUCCCAGUCCCAAGUAAGGGCUUUGGGAUGCUCCAAAAACUUCCCCCGCCUCUGUUUCCCCACCCCUAUGGAUUCCCUGGGUUCGGAUUGUGUCAAAAGAAGGAUGAUGGUUUGACAGACUCGAACAAAGCCAACGUCCCGGCUGUCUUUUGGCCAAGCGCGAAGGAUAGUAUCUAUCCCACUUUCCCGAUGUUUUGGCCCACAGCUGGCGGCCUACCACUCCCACCUUACCAACAGUCACCCCCCAAGCCCCCGACAGAGCUCUUUGGCGUCAGACAGAAUGACCUCGAGGCUUCUGACCAAAGUGACAGAUGCACAACCACCCCCAAUGACAGUUACCACGACAGCGAGCGCUCCCCUAGCGCUCAAUCAGCCCGCAACGACGAGGACAAGUCUGGGGACGAGACGGGACAUUCUUUCGAUGGCCCCACCAGCAAAAGGAAACUGAGCUACAUAUCGGCCUUCAGACCUGUGGUAAAAGAUGCUGAAGCCAUUGCCAAACUCUACGGCAACCGAGACACCUACAGCGGCGUGCGUUCCGGGUACCUGUCGCCAGACUUUGUCAGCGAGAGCUCAAGUUACAGGUCAAUAUCACCGGAUAGGGACAGUGUGGAUGACCCUGACGUGGACGUGGAGUCGAACCGGGGACACGAGGAUGAAGACGCUAUUCAAAUGUCGGCAGAGUGUCAGAGCUCCCCUGUACUUGACCUGGCCCACACUGAAUCCAAAGAAAACCAAGACACUGCUGCCCCUAGUUUGAGACCAGCAUCACCGGAGGAUGCCAGCGCAGCUUUAUCUGACGAAGAGAGGACGAGUGCGCAGGUUUCAGAAAACAAUAUUUCAACACAAGAUGAAGUGUACACCGAUGAAAAGGAUACGCACACGCUAGGCACACGCUUUUCGACGGAGUCGUCGUUGUUUGAAUCAAAACACUUAAAUUGCCUCAACGAAUCGAAUGUCCAAAACGCUUCGCCUAUCGACGUCAGCGUGCACGGAAAGGAUAUUGAAAACAUGGCUAAAGAGGAACUCCAGAAACAGCUCGUGGAACAAGUUGAGUUGAGAAAAAAAUUGGAGCGAGAAUUUCAAAAUUUAAAAGAUAACUUCCAGGACCAGAUGAAGCGGGAGCUCUCCUAUAGGGAAGAAAUGGUCCAACAGCUGCAGAUUGUUCGAGAUGCUGACCCUCCACCGCUGUACCGGAGCCUGCACCUCCAGCCCCCGUUAGCUGCCGCCCUGGCUGAGGGCACGCCGCGGUCGGCGCUCUUCAAGACGGCCAAGAGCAGAGGUCCACCUCAAGAGUUCAUCUACGUUCGCCUCCCAUCUGUAAGCCAUGGAUUACCCACCUACGGACAUGCGAUUAACUGGAGCACUUGA